CACCUCGUCGGUGCUGCAAAUUUAACCGGUUGGAGAGAUUUGAAAAGGUAGGAAAAGAUGGCAGUAGCUACGAUAUCAGUGCUCGACACCGAUAGCUGCUCCGUUCGCUAAUCGAUCAUUCCGGGUGUCGGGAGUCGAUGCAAGUAGGUGCAAGUUGGUGUGCCUAUUUGAGAGGACGCAUACUGUACAAGGACACUUGGGAGUAAAAGAAGAGUUUCUAAGAUAUGCAGGUGUGUGAAAAUAACUGUUGCUCCUGCAUAAGCGACCCGUGAUACAGGUGUAUUAGUACAAGAUGCUAGUUGGCAUUGUGUCGUAAAAAAUGUCGAGAACCAACGUCGAGUCGUCGGAACGGAACACCGUUUGAAACGUUCAACGAUAUUCUUGCUUCGUUGCUGCACCGCGUCAAGUGGUCACGAUUAUGACGAGAUAACGAACACAGAAUGAAAUACAGCGACAGUAACCUUCUCGGUUAUGCAGUUUUCGCGUUUAUUCUAUUUUUUAACGUUAUUCAUGCAGAAAGCGGUGUUAGUUGCAAAGAUCAACAAGGGCGAUCUUAUGAGUCUGGUUUCCUUUUUGUUCCGGGCCCAGAACCUUGUACAUUGUGUGUUUGCGAAAAUGGCAAUCCAAAAUUGUGCAAAGCAAUGCUUUGCAAUUCACGUGCAGAGGAAGAUUGCAAGUCUUCUAGGAGGGGAGAUAUCUGUUGUGAAUACAUUUGUUUGUCAUCGAUCUCGAACGAUAAAACCGAUGGAAUGGGUAGCAACACCACGGAUGCCACUGCAAAUUAUGAUAUAGGACUUAGAUCGGUUGCUAGUUUUGUCACCGCAGUCUUGUCUCUAAGUCUGUUGUUUUUCUUGAUACAUCGUUUACGUCAGAGAAAGAUACGAGUUUGCAUCGCAGGAAGACAAAGCAGACAGUUGGCAGAGGACCAAAGAAACUUAGGUAGUAUGGGAUACAUAGAACGAGACGGUUUAUCGCAUGGCGUUCCCAUGGAUGAUAUACCGUGCGGAGCGAAUUAUCCGUUAUGGAAACCGCCUAGUAAUUACUUUCCACGAGGGGAAGCUCCGCCACCUUACGAAGAAGCAGUAGCGGCAGCACGAGCGGAACAAGCGCUUUUAGCGAUGAAUCCACAAACCUUGCCACAAAUCAAUUUUCCAAAUACCUAUUUGACGAAUGCUAAUAGUCGUACAAGUAUAUCGUUGGUAGGAAAUCCACAAAGUGGUGGUAUCAAUGGUAAUACAGCAACGGUAAUGUGCGAUGCUGGCGUAACGGAUCAAACUGGCUUAAUUUCAACGCCGAAUAGACCAAUAUCAAAUCCAAACAUAUAUGCUUAUUAUCGCCAAUCGAAUCAAAAUGAAACAUUGUCUCCGAGUGUUAACGUAGGAACUUCUACCACGAGUUUCACUCUAGGGACAAGCACUUACGAAAAUUUACCUACCCCGAUCGGGAUUCUUAACUUUACUACACAUCGUUUAGAUAUGACCGCGCAACCUUUGCCUAAUUUACAACCCACUGUUCCGAAAAAUUAUCAAACGCAUACAACUCUUCCACGUCAAACCGGAGCAUUUACGAUAUCUGCAACUUUGUCAAGCUCGAAUGCAAAUACUCAUCGUACAAUUCCUAGGACUUUAACGACUCGCACUGGCACAAAGUUACAAGAAAUUAGAAACGAUUGCACUCAGAAAGACUUUCUACGAUCUACGACCAUGACCACAACCACGACCACAACUACGACGAUGACGAUGACAAUGCCAGUCACAACGACCACGACCACGACGACAGCGACGUCGACUACGACAACUGACAUUGUCUCGUCGAAUUUACCACGUUCCAUACAACAAAUUACUAUAACCAAACUAGAAAAUACGAUGGAAAACAAAAAUCCAGCUACAUUUUACGAACAUUUACGAAUACAACGUUCUCCUGCUUCUUCUGCUUCUUCUGCGGGAUUGCAACAAACUGAAAGGCAACAGCCGGAUCGUAAAAUGGAGAAAUCGCAGGAUUUUAAGCCACCAUUAAAUGUAGCUAAUGAAAUUAACGAAGACGGAAGUUUUGAAUCGGUAACGUGUGCUUGUAGUAUGCAAGCACUUCCUACCCUUCACGACGAUACUGACGAUUAUAGAAGCGAGUGUGAAAAUUGUAAGAGCGCGACAGGUUCUCGAUAUUAUUUGGAUAACGAAGAUGAAUUAGUCACGUCUCCACACGAAACCAUGACGUUACACAGAAGACCAGAUGAAACGACUUCGAGUACUACGCCUCAGUAUUACAGAACUUCGCUUACACUGCCUAUAAGUACCCGUCAACGAACAAGGAGUACCGGAGUUCGAGAAAAUUGGUUCAACACAAUGCCCCAAAGUUCUACAGAAUCCUCGGACGAAAAUUAAUCGCGGACAUAUGGCGUAUUAUUCCCACACUUUGUAUAGCUAUGAAAAUCAUCUACAACGCAUUGCCGUGAUCGGAAUUCAGUAUUAUUGUAGAUGAACAGUGUUCAUGUUUUAUUGCGUUACAGUCAACAAUAUAAUAUUGUUGUUAAUAGAAUUUCAGUAUUACAGCGAUACGUUUUCUAUCUCGUUCAUUGUCGAAACCCGAAUUAUUCGUGUAUUCGGGCAGUGUACGAUUUCCGUGAAAAACGAGUCACGCCUUUGCUGUCACAGUUCUUCUUUACACAUUAAACUGUGGGAGCAAAUUUUAGGUAUACCUACUAUAUAUACAUAUAGCAUCACGACGUACGACUUCGGUAAGUUUAAAUCAAUAAAUAAUAAGGAACAAACUAA